UCGACAAAUUUCAAACAACGUAUUGUAUUCUGUCAUCGUUCAUUUUCUCUUUCAUUUUGUAAACGCGUGUGUGUACGAUCUCGAGAGAGCGUGGUGUAAAGAAACAGAUGUAAAAUCGUGGAAAUCGAAGAAGGGAGAAUCAGCAGUGAGUUCUUUAGAAAAGAAAAAAAAGAGGCAAAGUAGAGAUUCGAGGUAGAGACCACGACGUUGGUGCAAUUUGUGAGCGCGCGGUGUGUCCGAUACGAUGAAGUAGAAUAAGUAGAAAGACAGGACUGAGAAGGAAGGGGUCGGACUUGCUUUCAGACAAGAUGAGGAGCGCUAGUAAUUUGGAUCAGUACAACGACGACGACUUCUUCAGCGGUGGUCCAUGUCCAUCUUGUCGAUUGGCCAUCAAUAAGGAGACUGGUCGACUCAAGUGGUGCAUGGGUGGAAACGAUACUUGGCGUUUUCGUGUGAAACUGAUGCUGUUGAUCCCUGCUGUAUUACUGCCGAUCACUAUAAUUUUCAUAGCGCUGUCACGAUCACAGGUGAUCGGCAAGGCUCCUUAUCAUCGCACUUACUUGGUCCACGCGACCAGAAGACAGGACGAUAAAAUCGACGAGACUUUUCCGCCGACCAGCCGGAGCGAGACAGAGCGUGCCGGUGAAGAAGAGGAAGAAGACAGAAUCCUAGUACCUGGAAUGAAAACUAGCUACGUGCCGGUGGAAACUCUACUUCCGCCACGACUUUUGCAACGACGCAAGAGAGACCUGGACGUGGAUAAUCGAGCAUCCUCAUCACCUGACGUACCUGACCUCGCUUCCUCCAGGAUAUUGUAUCCGAAUCAACGCGACACUAGGAUUAGCGAUUGGAGAACAGCGAACGAUCUACCCAAGUCUGGUAUCAGCGAGGAGAAUCGCGAGGGAUUGUCGCUGGACGAGCGAGAACGAACUCGUGAACAAUCGACAGACUAUAACAGCGAUAAAGAGGACGAUCAAAAUUCCGAGGAUCUAGACAACUUCCUGGACGAUUAUUAUCCCGAAGUGGACGCUGACGAGAUCAAAAAGAUCUCAGAGAUACAGAGCAACGAUUAUCGAGAGUACGACACUCGCAAGAACGAAGAGCUGCGUUCGAAGCUGUUCAAUGGAAAGUACGACAACAUCGAGGAACGUUCUCAAGACGAGUCAGACGAGGGUGAACAAGGAGGAAGACACUCGAUCUCCGACGAUGAUUCAGACACAAGUUUGCCAAUUUCCGACGAACAGUCGGAGGACACCAGUACGGAUUUUCAUACCUUUUGGAAAGGAGAGGGGGACGCACGGGCCAUCAGGGAGGCUCAAGCAAAAAUCAUGCUGAAGUACAUGGACAGGAGCGUUGAUCCUUGCGAGGACUUCUACCAAUUCGCCUGCGGUAACUGGGCUAAGCACAAUCCUAUACCGAAAGACAAGGCCGCGUACGACACCUUCGAGAUGAUCAGAGAAUCCUUGGACUCUGUGCUGAAAGAGCUUCUCGAGGAUCCUAUACCGAAGGAUUUGGAAUUGAACACGGACGAUGCCACGGUGAAAGCGAAAUAUCUGUUUCAGAGUUGUGUGAAUUACGAGAUCUUGGAGCAACGCAUGGAACGGCCGCUUAUACAGCUCUUGGAUGAGCUUGGGGGAUGGCCAAUCUUGAGGCCUGACUGGGAUCCAGAGAAGUUCGACUGGCUCCUCUUGGUCGCGCAGUUGAGGCUCUAUAAUAAUGAUAUUCUUAUUUCUGAGUGGGUUGCACCGGAUAUUAAGAACAGCGAUCAGUACGUUAUACAGUUCGAUCAGACAUCGUUAGGUCUACCCACGAGAGAUUAUUUCCUCCAGCCGUCGAAUACGAUCUACCUAAAAGCCUACAAGAAUUAUUUAAUAAAGAUCGCCACUCUCCUGGGUGCGUCCUUGAAAAAUGCCACCAUGGAUGCUGACGAAUUGAUAGAAUUCGAGACGAGACUCGCCAAGAUCACCUCGGCUCCCGACGAAAGAAGAAACUUCGCCGAAUUGUAUCAGAGAAUGAGCAUCGGAGAACUGAAAACUUUGGUACCACAGAUCAAUUGGCACCGAUACUUGACCAUUGUUCUGGCACGACCAACAAACGUAUCCGAACCUGUUGUUGUAUACGCGUUGCAAUAUAUUCAGGAUUUGGUGAAUCUACUCUCGAAGACUAGUCCAAGAACAAUCGCAAAUUAUCUGUUAUGGAGAUUCGUCAGACAUAGAGUGAACAAUCUGGACGAUCGAUUUCAAGAAGCUAAACAGAAAUUUUAUUAUAUACUGUUUGGAAGGGAACAAGCACCGUCCAGGUGGAAAAAGUGCGUGGCACAGGUGAAUUCUAAUAUGGGAAUGGCUGUUGGUUCGAUGUUCGUGAAGAAAUAUUUCGAUGAGAAAAGUAAAAACGAUACAUUGUCGAUGACGAGAGAGAUUCAACGAUCGUUCAGAGAGCUUCUGAAUCAAACUAGCUGGAUCGAUGACGAAACGAAAGAAUUAGCGACUGAGAAAGUAAACGCAAUGCUGUUAAGAAUCGGUUAUCCUGAUUUCAUUCUGCAGCCUGAACUGCUGAACGAACGUUACAAGGAUGUCGUGAUCCGUCCAGAUAAAUACUUCGAGAAUACGCUGAACAUCUUGCAACAUUUGACCAGGGUGGAGCAGGAUCGACUUGGGAGUCCUGUUAAUAAAACCCUGUGGAACACCGCACCUGCAGUGGUCAAUGCUUACUAUAGCCGUAGCAAGAAUAAGAUAAUGUUUCCAGCCGGAAUACUACAGCCGCCCUUUUAUCACAGAUACUUUCCAAGGAGUUUAAAUUACGGCGGUAUUGGCGUUGUAAUCGGCCACGAAAUCACCCAUGGUUUCGACGAUAAAGGUCGACUGUUCGAUAAGGAUGGUAAUCUACAUAGAUGGUGGAAAGACGAGGCUAUUUACGGCUUUCACGAACGAGCCCGUUGUCUUAUCGACCAGUACAGUCAUUACACCGUCAGCGAAGUUGGAAUGCAUAUUGAUGGGAUCAACACGCAGGGUGAAAAUAUCGCUGACAAUGGCGGUAUUAAACAAGCAUUUCGCGCUUACGAAAGACGAUUACACGCAAAUGGCGACGCUGACGAAACAUUACCCGGAUUGAACGCUACCGGAAAGCAAUUGUUCUUUCUGAACUUCGCCCAAGUGUGGUGCGGCUCGAUGAGGCCAGAAGCAACCAGGAACAAAUUAAAAACUGCGGUGCAUUCACCUGGCAAGUUUCGCGUGAUCGGUACCCUGUCGAAUUCAAAGGACUUCGCAGAAGUAUUCCAUUGUCCUUUCGGUGCACCCAUGAACCCCGUUAACAAAUGCUCCGUUUGGUGAUCAAUCACUCUUGACUACUUGUCUUUUUUCUUCCUUCUUUUUUUUUUGUAUUAUCUCU